CUCAUUCUGUUUUUAAAGAACCAACAAUAAAUCCCGGACACCCGGAUUGGUCCGGAAGUGGGUAAUUAGGGUUAUUUUGAUGUUUUAAGCAUACAUUUAAUUUUUAUUUUGUUAUGUAACUUUAGUUUAAGUAUAUUUUGGAAUGUAAAUAUAAUUAUUAAAGUAUCUAUUAUUUUGAAAGCAAAUAAUUUUAUUUCACAAGUAAAAUGGCAACAACGGAACAGUUUUCAUUAAGAUGGAAUAAUUUCCAUUCAAACAUGACUUCGGGGUUUCACGAUCUUUUAGAAGCGGCCGAAAUGGUAGAUGUAACUUUAGCUGUUGACGGUCAUUUUUUGCAAGCACAUAAAAUAGUUCUCUCAAUAUGUAGUCCAUAUUUUAAACAAAUGUUCAAAAUUAAUCCUUGUAAACAUCCUAUUGUGAUAUUAAAAGAUAUCAGUCACGAAAAUAUGAAAGAUAUUCUACAAUUCAUGUAUAUGGGUGAAGUUAGUGUACUAAGAGAGAAUUUAACUCAAUUUCUAAAAAUCGCCGAACUUCUUCAAGUAAAAGGACUAACAGGAGAUGAUUCUAGUGAAGAUACUUCAUCAACUAAGGAAGCUAAGAUAGAAUAUACCAAUGAUAUCGAAGAAAACGAAAUUUAUAAUGAUUUUAUUGAAAGUAACGUAGAAAUACCGAAAUUUACUCAUUCUCCUGUUACUCAAUGUUCUACGGCCACUAAACGAACAAAAAAUACAACAAAUGGAAGUACAAAUUCUAAACGAACUCAGGUCGAAUCUUAUCAGUCUCAAUCAAAAUUGAUAAAAUCCGAAUUUGAGCCAGCAAAAUUGAAAAAUGAUUCGAUUAUAAAUAAUAAUACUACUAGUCAACAAAAUACAAUUGAUAAUAUACUCAAACUUGGUACUGAAUUAGAAGACAUCAAAGAACCGAUAAACUUGAAGACAAUGUGGAAUUUUAGUACGUCUUCGUCUCCGGAAUUUAUCAAUGCAGAUCAAGGCAAGCCCGAAAAACAUCCGAACAAGAAUCAGUAUCAGUGCGGACAGUGCUUGAAAAAAUUUUCUAGAAGGGAUCAUUUGAGGACGCACGAGAAGAACAUCCACGGAGAGUUCGCGGGGCCUUUUAAAUGCGUCAUAUGUUCGCAAUUGUACAAAAAUACUGAGAGUUUAAGAAAACACAUCGCCAAAUUUCAUUUUUCAACUAUUAACGAUACGAUACAAAGAAUUGAAGUUAACGCGUAACAAAUGAUUCAAUGACUAGAUAUGUGUUAAUCUAUUUCUUCUUUAUAGGUUAUGUGAUGUUAUUUCUUCAUCCACCUUCAUUCUAAUAACAUAAAAAAAUAUGUUGUUUAAUUUUCUUGUUAUAAGUUUGAGAAAAGUGAUUUUUCAUCAAGAAACCCUCCUCCUCUUGUUAUAAGGGCGAUGAUAGACCAAGAUUACGAACGUUCCUAUCAAGCUCUUCCUACAAAAGUUCAAUGGGAUUGAGAUCGGGGAUCUGAGAAGGCUAUAUCUCUAUUUCUUUUCCAAAUAUCCUCUGCAUAAUUUGGAAUUAUGCUUGGGAUAAUUGUAGGUGUACGGUGGAUGGUAUAUACACCUUUUUUCGUGGGAUUCAAUCAGUAUAUAAUAGUUUCAAUUCAUUAAUGGACUUUUCUCGUGAUAAUCUACGUAGAAACGAUUGCAUAAAAUUUUUUUAUUGGUAAUUCCUACUUUUCAAUGGCAAUUACUGUAUGUCGUUAAUUGCAUUUUCUAUAAUCGUACUUAAAUGACAAAAAGUUGUGGUUGAGGUUAUGUUCAACAAUGUAAAGUUCAUACCGGAAAUAUGGAUAACAUUUAGAGGCGGUCAGUGUUGCCAAUAAAACUUCCAAGGUGUUGUCUAGGUACUGAAAUGAUUUGGGACUUUCUUGUAUUGGUACUACUAGGUGUCUAGAAAAUUAACAUUAUCUAGUUGUAAAUCUAUGACGAAUUUUUGUUACCAAAAUAUUACCUUAAAUUUUGAGACCGCGAUGCCUUUAUACAAUAUAAAAUAUUUGAUGGUGGAUUCUACUGAAGAUAUUUAAGAUCUUGUAUCGAAUUUAUAGGUUAUACCGAUAUUAGUCUUCCAAAUAUUCUCUGUCUUCAAAAUCUAACCUCAAAUUUAUGGUUUUUGAUAAAAUAAAUGUAUUAGUAAUUAGUUUUAAUUAUUUUAUAUUUUUAAGUUAACUGCAUGAACAAUUAUGUUAUACCAAAGUUUAUUGCCAUAAUAUAAUUAGUUUUUAAACGGGAAUAGAUUUUUUCGUGCCAAUUAUAUCGACAUUUUUUUACCAAAUGUCUUCAUGUGCCAUAGUAGAUACAAAUUAAUUAUAAACAGCCAGGAAAUUGUCAUUUUCAUACCGUCUCAGUGGAUUGUGUAUUAAUUUAAUUAUAUUUAAUAUAAUUCCAGUCAUUUUAUUAAUUAAAACUGUGAUCAGUAUCGUUACCGCAAUAGAACGAGAGUUUCGAAAUGUCAUUUGUCACGUCAAAUGUCAUUGUUCACUUGUUGCGUUUUUCCACACACGCGUUUAUUUGAAGCAGUAUUUUUAGGCGCGUGAUAAAAAACUUUGACAGCUUAAAAUAGUUCAUCCAUUCGAUUGGUGAGUAGUGCAAUCAAUUCUGUUGUUAGGGUUGAUAUUUACUUUGAGUGAUUUCCCACCAUCAUUUAAUAAAAUAACACAUUUUCAGUCAUUCUGAUUUGCACUGGUAAUUUCAAGUUCGAAAAUAUCAAUUUCCUAUAAACUUAACUGUAUGAUUUCAUCCUUUCUUCCAAUUUUAAGAAGUUUAUUUCAAUUUAUGUGGAAAUAUAGAUAAUGAAAAAUCAUAUUGCAAUUCUUUGGAAUACUGUUGAGUCAAAUAAUUCGAACUGUCAAAGCUGUUUUCCGAAUCGGGGAACGAAUUGACAAAUAUCAAUUGUGUAUAACCGGAAAAUAAACUUACAACUCUCCCACCAAGGGUCCAUUACUGAAAAAUCACACAUGACAGAGCCAAAACGGACUAUUUUUUUUGAAAAAAACAUCUAGAUACUUUUUUUGUAAGAAUUGUUAUUGGCGAAAUUCCAUUUUAAUUUUUCCGGUGGUUUUCCCCAUUUUCCAUGGCCGCUCGCGUGCCGAACAUUUUUUUUCUUGAAGUGUUAUAUAAAAACAAUUUGUGUUCCAAAAAUCGUUACUAUUAGUUGUAGUGUCAGUUUUUUAGAAAUAAUUUUGACUACAACGCCUGGACUAUUAAUUGCAAAUAAUAUUUUUUAUCUCAUCUGUAUAAUUUUUUUAAUGAGACGGUAGAAGAAGCUAUACCUAGUUAUUUUCUUGACUCACGUUUUUCUAGUUGUGAUAAAAUAACCAAAAUUUCAGUUCCAUAUUAUUAAAUUUAUCUUUAAAGUUAAUUUUUACAAUAAUUGUAAUUUUAUUAAUUGUUAAUUGGUUAUAGUUAAUUAUCUACUGAUAAAAGUCUUUUGUAUAAGAGCAAUUAAAAGUUUUAUAUG